AAGGGGGCGGAGCGACAAAGCAAAGGGGAGGUGGCAACGACGCCUGCGCAGUGUGACCGGGAUGGCGCAUUUUCUUGCACCGAGUAAUGCGGCGUCGCUGGUGGCUGAGGAGGGCGGAGAGUUCUUUGGUGAAAUAGAGGGAGGGAUUCAUGGAAGCCUCAGGAGGAGCCUUGUCCUGAACUAUAAGGUGGGAAGUUGAUACAGGAUACUGCUACUCCUGGGCCCGCGGCGUGAAAGUUGUGAUAUCAUCCUCGAACCAUCAACUUUGAAAUUUAAAAACGAUGGAGAAGACUCAAGAAACAGUCCAAAGAAUUCUUCUAGAACCCUACAAGUACUUACUUCAGUUACCAGGUAAACAAGUAAGAACCAAACUUUCACAGGCAUUUAAUCAUUGGCUAAAAGUUCCAGAAGACAAGCUACAGAUUAUCAUUGAAGUGACGGAAAUGUUACAUAAUGCCAGUUUACUCAUCGAUGAUAUCGAAGACAACUCAAAACUCCGACGUGGCUUUCCAGUGGCACACAGCAUCUAUGGAAUUCCAUCUGUCAUCAAUUCUGCCAAUUAUGUAUAUUUUCUUGGCCUAGAGAAAGUCUUAACCCUUGAUCACCCAGAUGCAGUAAAGCUUUUUACCCGUCAGCUUUUAGAACUACAUCAGGGCCAAGGCCUAGAUAUCUAUUGGAGGGAUAAUUACACUUGUCCCACUGAAGAGGAAUAUAAAGCUAUGGUGCUGCAAAAGACAGGUGGACUGUUUGGAUUAGCAGUAGGCCUCAUGCAGUUGUUCUCUGAUUACAAAGAAGAUUUAAAGCCACUACUUAACACACUUGGGCUCUUUUUCCAAAUUAGGGAUGAUUAUGCUAAUCUACACUCCAAAGAAUAUAGUGAAAACAAAAGCUUUUGUGAAGAUCUAACAGAGGGAAAGUUCUCAUUCCCUACUAUUCAUGCUAUUUGGUCCAGGCCUGAAAGCACUCAGGUGCAGAAUAUCUUGCGCCAGAGAACUGAAAACAUAGAUAUUAAAAAAUACUGUGUACAUUAUCUUGAGAAUGUAGGUUCUUUUGAAUACACUAGGAAUACUCUUAAAGAGCUUGAAUCUAAAGCCUAUAAACAAAUUGAUGCACGCGGUGGGAACCCUGAGCUAGUAGCUCUAAUAAAACACUUAAGUAAAAUGUUCAAAGAAGAGAAUGAAUAGUAUUAAGCCAGUCUUGAUUAGGCCUGAAAAAAUUAGACUUUUAUUUCUUUUUUUUUUUUUUUUUUUUUUUUUCUGUUUUUUAGCCUAUUACUUUUUUAAGAAUUUGGACCAAGCUGUUAGGCUCCAAAAAAUGAGUGGAGCGGUAAUGAUGUGAGUGAUGUUGUAUCAAUUCAGAAUCCUUGUGUACAGAUAAUCAUCAUAUUGCAAAGUUGAAGGAAUCAAAAGGAGCCACAUUUAAAUAGGUCUAAUUUGACUGUCAGAAUGUGCUAUGUUAGGACCUUGUGGCCAACUCAGACAUGAAUGUUCUAUCAAUUCUAUCAAUAAAGACUUCAGCUUCCAGGAACUUUUAUCCACAUACUUCCUAAAUGAGCUGUACAGGCAGUUCCCAGUUCAUCUACCCCAGUUCCAAGCCAGUGACUACUUGGGACCAGUUUCUGUGGCUAGCUGGCCCAAAGACCACAGGAACUCCUCUUUCUUCCUAAGUGUUGCUUAGAAUAGCUCAUUCUUGGAGUUCCCAUUGUCGUGCAGUGGGUUAAGAAUCUGACGGCAACACCUUGGGUGCUCAGGUACAGGUUCAGUCCCCAUCCCAGUGCAGUGGGUUAAAGGAUCUGGUGUUGCCACACCUGCAACAUAGGUUGUAGCUGCAGUGCAGAUUCAGUCCCUGGCCUGGUAACUUCCGUAUGCCCUGCAUGCAGCUGUUCAAGAAAAAAAGCUAGCCCAUUCUCUCCCCCCACCCACAGGAAACUUGUAUACUGAAGGCUUUCAGGAAAAAGCUGUAAGUGACAAGCCUGGUCCUUUUUUUCAACUCCGUUUUCCCCUUCCUCCCUACCCAGCAAACUGCUCUUUAACCAAGGAGUUGCCUCUGAAUGAAAUUUACACACUAGCCCAAAUUCUUUGUUCCUUUUAAUGUAACUAGUGCCUCAAAACUAAUGUGGGUAUAGCAGUAUCUUUCCAAUUGGGAAGAAAAAAGUUACAUAAGUCAAUUUUAAGAAGGAGCCUUUAAACCUUUUUAUAUUUUCUCAUAAUUAGUAGUUUAAAAAAAUCAUCAAAGACCUGUUUGCUUACCUCCAGUACAAAAGCAGGGAGAACUGCCCUUUUCCUUCCCACCCACAUCAUUAACCCCCUGAAGGCAGUUGGUGCUUGAGUAGAAAGAGAAGUAGGAGACUUUAAUCUCUAUGAUUAAAGGAAAGAAAUGUGUUAACCUGGGAGCUCGUGUCUGACUGAAAAGUAGCCGAAGGCUACACUCUUGGACACAAUUAGCUUUAUAGUGCCUUGACCCUGACUCUCUAAUCCUUUUGUUUCAUUUCAAGCCCUAAGCCCCUGGAGCCAUCUGUGACCUAAGAAGUAAGAAAAAAAAAGAGCCCCUGAUUUCUGUAUUAAAAGUGUUGCUGACAUCACAAAAUGAAAGUAUGUAUUUCUCAGUAGCAUUGCAUUUUACCUGAUUGGUUCUGCACUAUGUUAUUGAAGAUCAAAUCACCAUAUACUUGUAUGAAAAAAUUCUAAUCAAAGCACUUAAAUCUUUUUUGAAAAGUUGGGUAUUGCCUUUACUAACUUUUAAAAUAGUUUGAAUAUUCCUUUUUAAUUGAACCAGUGAAACCUCUUCUGAAUGUCAUUUGUGCUACACUGUGGAUAUUUGAACUGUUUUUAUGAUCUAUAACUUAAAAAUUCAUUAUUUGAAAAGAUCUAAUGCUAACUAUAUAGACAAAUUAAAUUAUUUACCUUUAAGUAUAAAGACUGCUCAAGUAGAUUAUUCCUUCCCUAAUCAAGUUAGUUUUGGCCUGGUGCUACUCAUGAUUCUUUUGUGAUUUUUGUCUUGCCUUUCAAUGACAGAAAUACCUGGCACUGAAUAUGAACUUAUAAUAAGGGAAUAUUAUCUGUUAAAUAAUCAAAAAUCCUUUUUUAGGAGUUCCUAUUGUGGCGCAGUGGUAAUAAAUCCGACUAGCAUCCGUAAAGAUACAGGUUCAAUCGCUGGCCUUGCUCCAUGGAUUAAACAUCCAGCGUUGCUGUGAGCUGUGGUGUAGGUCACAGACAUGGCUUGGCUCCUACCUUGCGGUGGUUGCAGUUUAGGCCAGCAGCUACAGCUCUGGUUUGACCCCUAGCUUGGGAACUUCCAUAUGCAGCAGAUGUGGCCCUAAAAAGGCAAAAAGACAAAAAAAAAAAAAGAAUUCUUUUUCACUUAAAUUAUAGUCACAGUGACUAAUACAGAAGAAAACCAAGUUGAUUUUAUUUGUUGGCAAAAUCAAAAGAAUGAAGGCCAGUUAUGUGGCCAUAAAUCACUUUCUGACCUCAGCAAGAUUUUAAAUACAUCAGAUCUCUGUUCCACUCUGUUAACUUCCUGACUUGACUUACUUCCCUUCCUAUCCUAUAUCCUAUAGUCAUUACCUUCAGGGAGCCUUCAAGAGCUUUCUCAGACCACUUUCCUCUUUUCCUUAGGCCCCCUCUCAUCCUGCCAGUUCCCAAUCCUGGAUGCAUCCAAACUCGCACAGGCUUUGCCUUCCCAUGUUGCUGAGUGCUACAGGGAUCCAUUUCAGAACUGCUGUUGUAGCCAUUGCAAGUUAAUUUAUUAAAGCCACGACAGCCCGUUUAUUUUUUAUCUAAUUCUUUCUCAAUCUAGCAUCCCCUGCUCCUCCUCUCUCCCGUUAAAUAUAAACUUUUCUCAGAGUUCCCAUUGUGGCUCAGCGGAAACAAAUCUGAGUAGUAUCCCUGAGGAUACAGAUUCAAUCCCUGGCCUCACUCAGUGGGUUAGAGGUCUGGCGUUGCCGUGAGCUGUGAUGUAGGUUGGCGGCUACAGCUCUGAUUCAGCUCCUAGCUGGGAACCUCCAUAUGCCGAGGGUGCAGCCCUUAAAAGACUAUAUAUCCUCUGACUUGCCUCAACUGUACUUUAGGUCUGUCUUCAGAUGGUCUGCCUUUAAUUUCAAGAAAAGUUGUCCUCCUGCCCUGGGCCAAACAAGGUCUUCUGUCCUUGAUUCCUUUCUUUUCUGUCUCUUGAAGGCCAUAUUUCUUUCCCUGCCUUACAUCCUCAAGAUGUAUUCAUUGGCUUUUUUUUUUUUUUUUAAUGGCUGCUAGGCAGGGAUCAAACCCAAGCCUCUGCAGCCUCCUGAGCUGCUACAGUCAGAUUCUUAACCCACUGUACCACAGCAGGAACUCCUUCCACUGGCUCUUUUUUAAUCAGUAUAUUGUACUGAGAGGAAAGAAAAAGUGAAGAAAAUGUAAUUUGGCGAGUAUCUAUUGGGUGCCAACUGUUUUAUGGGUUUUUUUUGUUUUGUUUUUCUUCAAGCACUUAGCAGAGCCAGGGCCUCGAAUACAGGUCAGAGCACUUUGCUCUUCUGUACUGUUGGCUUCUCAUUGUGUAUGCACACUUAAAUAUGUUUAAAAGUCUGGAAAGCACUGGUCUAUUAUACUAAAAGGUUUCAAACCUUCCUAUAAUGUCUACCCACUUCAAUCUAUGCUCACACCAACCAGAGGUGUCUUUCCAGGGAGUUCCCUUGUGGUACAGUAGGUUAAGGAUCCAGAGUUGUCAUUGCAGCCGCUCUGGUUGCUGUGAAGGUGAGUUCGACCCCUGGCCUGGGAACUUUCACAUGCCGUGAAUGCAGCCAAAAAAAAAAAAAAAAAGUUGUCUUUCCAAGGCGCAAAUCUUAUUAUGUGAUUCCUAUGUUUUAAAUUUUCUGAAUCCCGGAGUUCCUGUUGUGGCGCAAUGGUUACCGAAUCUGACUAGGAACCAUGAGGUUGCGGGUUCAACCCCUGGCCUUCCUCAGUGGGUUAAGGAUCCAUGAGCUGUGGUGUAGGUCAAAGACGUGGCUCGGAUCCCGAGUUGCCAUGGCUCUGGUGUUUGCCGGGGGCUACAGCUCCAAUUAGACCCCUAGCCUGGGAACCUCCAUAUGCCACAGGUGCAACCCUAGAAAAGACAAAAAAAAUAGAAACAAUAAAUUUUCUGAAUCCUCAAUACUGCCACGUAUAAAUUCCUUGAUAUAAUAUAUUAGGCUUUCAAAAAUCUGAUCUCCAACUUAACCUUAAGUAUCCAUGUUUACUAAUAUUUUACUCUUCCCGAACACCUUACACUCUGCCAGAAAGUAAUGCUGAUCAUUGCUGAAACACUCUUGUGUGCCUAUGAGCUAGAUGCUUUGCUAGGCUUUGAAGAAAGAAAAAUGAGAUGCUAUCCUUUACCCCGUGUGAUGUUUCUAUAAAGGAGACUGGGAAGUUGACAGGCAGUUAUUACACAGUAUUGUUAGUACUAGAAUCAGGGCCCCUAAUUUCUUGUGUACCUGUCUGCUUCUCCCAUUGGAUUGGAAACUCAUUAAGGGCAAGGACUGUGACUUAUUUAACUUCCUGUUCUGAAUAGCACUUAAUAUGUAUUUAUGAAUGAAUAAAUCUACUUGAAAUUA